CUGAACGUUCCUGUUCCAUUGAACACAGCAUCCGCUCAGCGGUUGCUGUCUUGUGUUCGGAGUUGGAAGGAAACGCGGAAACAGAAAAGAAGAGCGUCAAAAUAAUGGAGUCGGAAAUAUUGAAGAUCAUCUGCGCCAAUCAAGGAUCAGUUGACACUGAUUAUUUGAUAUUGAAUCUCGGCUUAGGCGAUGCAACUUAUGAUAUCAUUAGUAACCAAGAUAGAUUUGCUUUGUCUUGUCCUUUCGGGCAGCCGAAGGUGGUGGCCAGGACCAGACUGAAACUGUGCAGAGUCAGAGAGUGUCCGGGAUCAUGCAGGGCGCUGCACCUGUGUAAAAAGUUCCUCCUCACCGGAUCCUGCCCGUUCACUCGGUCGAGGACAGGAUGCAGAUUCUCCCAUGAGCUAGACUCUGAUCACAAUGCGGGGUUACUGCGAGAGCAUGAGCUGGAGAGUCUGAGCCGGGCCGAGCUGUGCACACUGCUGCUGCAGAGCGACAACUGGCUUCUGCCUGAUAUAUGUCAUAAUUACAACAAUGGUGGCGGGGAGUUUGGCUUGUGUCAGGAGGGUUUCGCCUGCAAGAGACUGCAUAUCUGUGAGAGGUUCCUGAACCGCGACUGCACCUGCUCCAAGGCUCAUGAUUUUAAUGCUCCACAGCCAUACAAGAGCCUGCAGGAGAAAGGCGUUCCUGAAGACCUCACUCAUUCCCUGAAGUCUGUUUAUGCAAACAUAUUGGCUUUGAAGUACACUGACAGAAGGCAACAAAAUCUUCCCAACAACACUGACGCGAACAGCGACGAUGGCCUGAAUUACAGAGUGAGAGGGAGAGGGAGAGGUAACGGGGGCAACAGAGGCAACAGGGGAAAUAGAGGCAACAGGGGAAAUGGAGGCAACAGAGGCAACAGAGGCAACAAGGGCAACAGGGGCAAUAGAGGAAAUAGAGGAAACCCAGGCAACCGUCAACCGGCACAACAAACCUCUUCCACUGAUGACAUCCUUGCGAAAAUCAACGCCUUAGAUCCGUACAGCGACGAUGGAAUGAACGAUUGGCUAAACUCUUCCACCAGUGACAUCUCCGUUGCUGCCAGCUGCACCGAUGCGAGCAGCGACGAUGGUCAGAAAAAAAAACCGAAUAAAACUUCAACAGCUGUCAGAGAGAAAGGCGGGAACAUAGGCAGACCAUCAACCAGUUCCACUAAUGACAACCCCGGUUCUGUCAUCGACGAUGCAAACGCCGAGGAUGGACCGAACAGAAGACAAAGGCAAAGGCCUGUUAGAGAUAAAACUGAGAUAUGCAUGUUCUUCAUCAAAGGAAACUGUAUACAUGAGGAGCGAUGUUUUAAAGCUCACGACAAGAUGCCGUACAGAUGGGAGGUCAGAGAGGACAAUCAAUGGACCGCCUUGACUGAUAAUGAAAAUGAGGCGAUUGAGAAGGACUACUGUGACCCUAAAAACACAUACAGUCAGCACCCCUACAGCACCCCACCUGUGCAUUUUGACACAAUGACCCGUGGAUCGAACAAAGUCCGACGACUCUCUACCACAAACUCUUUGCUUGAGCCAACCUUCAUCCACACCACUGAGUGGGUUUGGUACUGGGAGGAUGAGUUCGGAAAGUGGAACAUGUACGCUUCAGCUGCUGGUGGACGCAAAGUAGCAGACGUAGACAGUCCUACACUGGAGCAGAAGUUUCUGGACAAUGACAAAGAUGUGGUGGAGUUCACCGCUGGUUCACAGUCAUACUCACUCAGUUUCCAGGACAUGAUACAGACAAACAAGCAGUAUGGCACCAAGAGGCUCGUGAAAAGACGGCCGCUGUUUGUCUCCGCAGCUGAUGUCAAAUCAAAGAAAACGAGAAAGCCUCCUGGUCAACUAAAUUUGACCGAUGUACCCGACCACUGGGACAAGACACAGAUUCCUCAAACAGGAUACAAGCGAGUCCCCCUGCAGCGCUCCUCGGAUGAAUUUAAGGAGAUUGAAACUCUUUUCUGUAAAACCAUGAGAGGCUUUGACAUUGUCCAAAUUGAGAGGAUUCAGAACAAAGCUCUUUGGGAAGUCUUUCAGUGGCAAAAAAAGCAGAUGAAGAUCAACACCAAGGGACCCUAUGUGACUGAAAAAAAGCUUUUUCAUGGCACUGACUCUAAAUACGUAGAUGUCAUCUGUCACACCAACUUUGACUGGAGAAUCUGUGGAACUCAUGGAACAGUUUAUGGCAAAGGUAGUUACUUUGCCCGGGAUGCAAAAUACUCCCACAGCUACACCGGUGACUCUAAUGUCAAAUCCUUGUUCAUCUCACGGGUGCUGGUGGGAGAUUACACCAGAGGGUCCUCCGACUACGUCCGACCUCCUUCUAAGGACGGUGGAGACAUAAACUUCUUUGACAGCUGCGUCGACGACGUUAUAUCCCCUUCCAUCUUUGUCGUGUUUGAGAAGCACCAGAUCUACCCCGAGUACCUGCUGCAGUACAAGACCACGCAACCGCCCGUUGACUUAUUUGGUACUGCGUCAGUACCGGCACCGAGACCAGUACCAGCACCCAAACCAGUAGCAGUACCGAGGCCAGCUCCCCAACCAAUCAGACUAGCUCCACAAACAAUCAGACUAGCUCCACAAACAAUCAGACCAGCUGCCCAACACAGUAUAUCAGUUUAUCAACCCAGCACAUUGGUUCAACCCAGCACACCCUCACACCAACCCAGUACAUCCAUUUAUAAAUCCAGCACACCCUCACACCAACCCAGUACAUCCGUUUAUAAAUCCAGCACAGCCUCAUACCAACCCAGCACUUUGACUUACCAACCCAGCACAUCCUCUUACCAAUACCAACGCAGCAGAAUAGAUAACCAAGCCACGUCAUCUCCAUCUCCUCCACCUUCCUCACCAAGUCCGAAACCAAAGAAGUCUGAUUCCUGUGUCAUUGCUUAGGGACAAAGCUGUAAGACCCAAAAACAAGUCCUUUUCGUAAUGAGGCAAUGAUAUCCUUUGAAAUGUGAGGAGUAGAGUGGCUUCAAUGCAGUAGUGUCACUUAGACUGUUUAUUUAAUUAGAAGACUGUAUAACACUAGAAUGAUUAAUCCCACGUAUAAAAACAGUGCAGUAGAAAGAACUACAGUGAACAGGAAAUAUUAAUGACAGAUCUGCCAAGUUCAUAAAUCCAAAUGUAACACAACUUUUCAAUUUCCAGAAAAUCUGCAGAAGAAAAUGCAAAUUAAUGCGCCUCUCCAUCCACUGUUGUUAUGCGAAUAUUAGGAGAUAAACGGUUGGUGGCACUAAUUCUCCAGUCGGGUGACAUGAAAGCAUUGCAGUAAAAGAGGGCGCAAGAAGAUGACGUGCUGUAAGGCGUCAAACUUCAAAUGAACGAAAACCACGUCGAAAACGCAACGGAAAUAUAGCAUUUCUGUUUGGUUCAUGUUUUUAUCUGCCACUAUUUUCUGUGUCUUCAAUGUAAGCUUAUCACAUGUACGUCAUGGUUUAUUCACUAAGUCUGUUUCCAUCGACCGUUGCACUUAUUGAUAUGUGGUUAACAUAAAUACAUGUAAAAUUAACACAUUGAUUAAUACAUUUUGCUCAGGAAAUGUUUUUUUUAUGAAAUGUGAUGAAAUGAGGUUUUGUAGUUCGUAUGUAAGCCGUUUCUGUUUCACACAAUUUUAGAGUACAAUUGUUAACAGCACCACUUGCAGCUUUUGUUUCAUUUGCUUACACUACGAUUCUACUGCAACUAAAAAUUCCAUUUCCCAAAUAUGUUGAACUGUUUGCAAAAUGCUGAUAUUUUGUGCAUUGAAUAAAUAAAUUAAUGUAAUAUUAUUGUUAACUGCACACAGAAUCACUGUUAUGGUCUGUGUUAUAUUCUGUUUUUAUAUCUUUCUCUGUCUGACUCAAGUAAAUUGAAAACGCCACCAGCGGUCAUGUUGAGCCUCUUAGUGAAAUGAGGCAGGGCAUAAAAGAUCAUCAGUAUGGCUGCUGGUGCUUCCUGUGACAUUAGGGCUGCAAAUCACCCAUCAACAUACACACACACACACACCCACACCCACCCCCACCAACAAACACACACAUACACACAGUACACAUACACUAGAAACCACCUCCUGUUGUGUUUCCUGACAAAUUGCACUGUGUGAUUGUGAAUAUGUUUGCAUAUUAAGAUGAGAUUUCACUAUACUUAUGCACCCUGACUUUUUCAUUGGAUCAUUCCACACGCUGAAGAAAUGCAUCGAUUUACACUAAAGCACAGUGUCAGAGUUAUACUACACCUUGGUGAUGUUUAACUUUAUGCAGUGAUUUAUGUUUCUGUAUGAACAUUAAGACAUUCAUUUGUUUUAAACCAGAAUGCAUUUUUCCAUUUUACUGUCUUCAGGCAUUUAAAAACAUGACAUGUACUUUGAUCAGUGCAAAUGUAAAUAAUCCUAACUGAAAAAUUAACUGAAAUAAACUACUUUCAUACUU